CAAAUAAAAAAGAAAAACUUACAAAAAAUCACAAUCAAAUAAAAUUCGCAAAAAAAAAAACAUAAACCAAACCAAAAAUGAAGAAACAAUUCACGCCCAUCCGGCAGCCAAUGGCGAUUUCCCAGGAGCUGGCGUCGAUGACUCUGGAUAUGUAUUACAAGCGGCAUGUUCAAAAAACCGAGGCCCGACGCCGCAAUAUGAAGCCAUCGAAGAAGUGCCUGCACUGCUUCCAGCGGACGCAUUUCUUCGGCCCCAACUACUGGGCCCGCAAGCCACCGGUACUUACGGAGCAGACGAAUCGCGUGGAUUCCCUCCGGAAGCAAAUCCGCGAGGUGAAGGCCACCAUCGAGUACAAGUCGCAGGUGGAUUUACAGCAGAGGUUGCUGGAGCAGCUUAAGGCCGAUCUUGCCAAGCAGGAAGCCCAAGUGGAGUCCACAGAUCCCCCGGUGGAGGAUGAGCAUCAGCCCCUGGUGCUGAUGAUUGACGACGAGGUCAUCUACGACGAGGAGUACACGCGUGAUCCCAUCUGGAAGUAGGCACCAAGCCAGCUUAUGACACAAUUAAAGGAACACCACAUGGAUAACAUGUAUGACGAGAUUACACGAUUAUAUAUAUAUAUAUAUAGGAGUAUAUAUAAUACAGGAGUAAAAGUGGGUGUUGCUGGAACACUUGAAGAACAGAAGGCAAACUUUUAA